AUGCACGCUGCACUGCAUUUGCAUCGUCUUCCAUGGCUCACUGUUUUGCUCGUUCGCUGUCUGAACAACCUAUCGAGAUCGCCUUUUACCGGCGUACUAUGGCUCCUUGAACCGGAUCGAUCGAGACGAACUCGAACUCGCCGCGGGCUUUCAACUCAACACUUUCGGUUUACUAACCCUUGUGCCCACCAGGAAUACUUUGUCCAGUCUGUUGGUCCCAUCAAGAGGGUCGACAUUUCCUACGGUCCUAACUCCCAGAGCCGUGGUGUCGCCAACGUCAUCUUCCGUGAGGCCGACGGCGCUAGCAGAGCCUUUCAGAAGCUGAACGGACUGCUGGUUGACGGCCGCCCCAUCAAGAUUGAGAUUGUUGUCGCCGCUGGCCAGGCCGAAAAAAUCAUCCCCACUGUCAAGACGCUUGCGGAGCGCACCAGUCAGCCCAGGGGUCAGCCCAAGUCAGCGGCCACAGACAAGAAGAACAACGCCCCUGCCAAGAACGCCCAAAAGCCCGCCAAGAAGCCUCGCGGCCGUAACGCCCGUCCCGCUAAGAAGACGGCUGCCGAGCUUGACUCGGAGAUGGCUGAUUACUUUGAUGCCGCUCCCGCCAACGAGAACGCCGGUGCUGCUCCUGCCGUCGCCGCUCCCGCUGCCGCUGCCACCCCGGCCCCUCCACCUGCUGCUAACGGCGAGGCUAUGGAUGACAUUGAGGUUUGUACUACAAUCGUCUGA